AUGUGGUUACCGAACGGUUCUUUACGAAUCAUCGAUCGAAAAAAUAAUCUGUUCAAGCUAGCGCAAGCAGAUUUUGUUUCGCCCGAACAAAUCGAAAACACAUAUCUGCAGCAUCCUCUGGUCAAGCAGAACGCAGUACGAGGAUUAGGUUUUCUGUUUGAGAUUGAUAAUUCUGUUGUUCAAAUUAAUCAGUGUGAUUAUUUCAGAUUUUCGUGUAUGGGUCGACCAUACGUGCAUACCUAA